GUUGUUUUUAUGAGCCAGAUUCGAGCCAGUUUGUUGCCCCUGCUCUUGCCGUUGCUUUGCUUCUUCGUCUUUGUCUUUGUCUUCAUCUUCUCCGGUCUUUUUGUUGGCAUUUCAUUUCCAUUUUCACAACCUGAACCCCCGACGACGAUUCAAGUCGAUUGUCGAUUCAACUUCAGCUUCAGCUUCAGUUUCAAUUCAACACAACACAACGCAACGCAACUGAAAGAGGCCGCGCAGCCGCAGUCGCCGCUUCAGUCGCUCGGGGAUUACACCUUGCGCUGCGUUUGCGUUUACGUUUGCGCUUGCGCACUUCACCGAUUUAAACGGCCGCUGUUAUUGUUAUCAUUCUCCGCUCUGCGUUUUGCCAUUUUCGGGCGGCUUAAAAAGUGAAACCACCCGCGGAGGUGACCACGCCAGGUGACCCACAGAAUACUCCCACGUGGAGGUGCCAAUCGACGAGAUGCGUCAGCGGUGCGGCAGCGUUUACACCUGGAAUUGUGCCGGCGAGCUCUAUGCCAUCGAGUGUUCCCUGUGCGAGGAGCGGCCCUUGUGCGCCCUCUCCGAGUUUCCGGAGCACAUGGACGUGUGGCACUCCGAUUGGCAGGCACCCGAAACGCAAGCCGAUGAAGCCGAUGGGGCCACCUCAUCCGGAGCCAUUCCCGAAGAUGAUCUCAUGCAGGAGGUGCUGGCGGAGCAGCGGACCAAUGGCGAGGACAAUGAACUCAAGCAGCAACUGGUGCUGCAAUUGAACGCCAUCGAGGAGGAGAUGCUGCCAGGUGAACCUGACGAGCACUUGGCAGAAGUGGAUAUGGUUGCGGAUGCGGAACUGGGCAAGGCUGGCGAAGAACUGUUAAAAACGUCGCGAAAAACAGGAGAAUUGGGAAUUGAAGAUGCUACAGAACCCCUACAAGUUCCAGAUUCCACAGUGGAGGAGGCAUCGCCCGUGCCGGCUGGCCAGCGCCUGACCAGGCAGCAUGUGGACCGCCUGAUCGAGCUGUACCGCUCGGAGCCGCGCCUCUGGAACCAGACGCACGCGCAGUUCCACGACAUGGUGCUGUGCCGCGACUCCUGGCGCCGGAUCACGGACGCAUGGGGCGCCUACUGCGGCCGCACCUUCAGCGUGACGGACGUGCGGAUCCGGAUGUCGACGCUGUGCCAGCGGUAUCUCAAGCAGCGGGAGCGUGUGGUGGCCGACGGCGAGCUGGCGGACGAGGUGGCCCGGUUCGCCCACUUCGACCAGCUGAGCUUCCUGUGCGAACAGCAGUCGCUGCUGAAGCGGCAGCGUCACUACGCCCGCGAGAACGCCCGCCUGCUGGAGCUGUACGAGCACUAUCCGGUGCUGUGGCACAACGCCCACAAGCGGGUGAGAUGCACGGCGACGGUGCGCCGGCGACAGGAGGCCAUUAUGGGCCUUCAGCUGGCCCUGCGUCUGUCGGGGAUCAGCCUGUCGCCGGUGGUCAUCCAGCGGCGGCUGCAAUCGCUGCGCAAACGCUAUCGCCUGGAGAAGAUCGCCUACCUGCAGAGUGUGGUGGAGGGCAGGCAGGCGGAUUUUGUGUCCGGAUUCGAGCACUAUGCGGAAAUGGAGUUCCUGCACAAGCACAUCGAUCCGUAUGUGUGCGCCGUGUGCGGCAAGAUCUUCGAGAAUCUGCUGGGUCACCAGAUGCACGUCCAGGUGGGCUGUGAUGAGGUGCGGCAGAUGGAUCACCGGGGUGGCACCACAUCGGGGCACCAGCUGCUGGGGGAGCAGCUCAGGGCGGUGUUGAGCGAGGAGAAGGAGCUGGUGGCGAAGGAAACCCAGCAGGCCGUCGAACUGCUGAGGGAAAAGCUGGCUCAACCCGAUCCCAAUACCGAUCCCAAUACCGAUCCCCUAGAGAAUGGAGAUGGGCAGAUCACCCUGGCCGAGGCCUGUGCCGCUGCCCAACUGGAGGAUGCCAGCGCAAUGGUCGCCAUUGAGGAGGAGGAUCGGCCAGAGGGCGGGCAACGCCAUCGCUUGGGUCACCAGGAAACGCUGGAGCUGAUCCGUCUGUACCGCUCGCAUGUCUGCCUGUGGGACCCCAAUCACCUGGACUACCAUGAUCGCGGCCAGCGACGACUGGCCUGGCAGGCCAUCACGGAGGAGCUGAACUCCGCGUCCGGUGGCUCACAUCGCCUCACCUGGCAGAUGCUGCACCGCAAGAUCACCGACUACAGCAAGUACUAUCGCAGGGAGAAGCAGCGCCAGGCGCAGACCCAGACCCAGGGCCAGGAGGCGGAUGCGGAUGCGGAUGCCACGCCCCAGUGGAACCUGUUCGCAGAGUUCCGCUUCCUGGACGACGUGCUACCGAUCAGCGGCAGCGAGCUGCAGAAGACGCUCAACCAGCGGGACAGCAACCUGAAGAUCAUAGCGGUGUACCAGGGCUAUGCCCAGCUGUGGUGCACCGACCAUCCGGACUACACGAAGCGGCGGCAGCGUCAGCGCCAGCUGGAGUCGUUGUGCACCCGGCUGCAGGAGGAGUGCAACCUGCAGCUGACGGUGGAGCGGCUGAAGAGUCGCCUGAUCGAGUUCCGCUGCCAGUAUCGCCACUGUAAGGAGGCCCGCAUGGCGGCCACCAAGAAGUCGGAGCCCUGGACGCCCAAGUACGAAUACUACGAGGCGCUGCGCUUCCUCGAGCUCCACGUGGCCCCCUUCCAGUGUGCCCGGUGUCCGGCCUCCUUCAAGCGGCGCACCGACUACCUGCAGCACGAGCGCAACGUGCACGCGGAGGUGGAGAAGUCCCUGGAUGGGCAGUACUUCAUGGUACGUCGCCGUCAGAGUAGCCGCAAGCCCAUGGAGGCGGGGGCGGCGACGGAGGAGCAGAACGAUGAGCUGGCCAACAUAUGCCACAUCUGCGGACUAAAGUUCACCCUGCGGAACAGUUUGCUGGCCCAUUUGCGGCGCCAUCUGGGCCAACGUACCCACGCCUGCUGCGAGUGCCCCAAGAAGUUCUUCAGCUCGACGGCCCUGCGAGUCCACGAGCGCAGCCACACCAAGGAGUUGCCCUACGUCUGCGAGCACUGCGCCCGGGGAUUCGUGAAUGCCAGCAAACUGAACCAGCAUGUCAAGCGGCAUCGCAACCAGCGCGACCAUCCGUGCACCCGCUGCGACAAGGCGUUCUUUACGGCCCACGAGCGGGACCGGCACAUGCGCGCCCAUCUCAACAUCCGCGACAAGGUGUGCCCCUACUGCUCGCGAGCCUUCGUCGUGGGCAGUGCCUACUACGCCCACCUCAACCUCCAUCGCAGCGAGAAGCGCUACGCAUGCCCGUCCUGCGGCAAGCGGUUCGCCCAGUACGCCGGUCUCUACAAGCACCGUCGCCGCUGUCUGCCGGUUGAAGUUAUGGAGGAGUGAGCGUUGAGCGUUGAGCCAGAGCCUUAAACCCUACACCUCCUAUUCCUUUACCCAUAUGGAAAAAGAAAGCUACAAGCAAAACAUAUAUAUAGAGGAGUGAGCUCUGUAUUUUUCAUCUCCUAUACCUUUAUCCACAUAGGAAGUGGAAACGCACAAUCAUAACAAGCGAUGUCUGCCGGCAGAAGUAAUGGUGGAGUGAGCUUUGAGCCUGGCACCUCCUAUAGCUUUAUCCAUAUAGAAAAAGGAAACCUACACGCAGAAGUUUGAAGGGAGUGAACCUUGAGCCCGGAACCCCUACCCAAAAAGACGCAGAAACUUACAAGCACAAGUUAUGGAGGAGUGGGCCUUGAACCCGGCACCUCCUAUCCCUUUACCAGUAUACAAAAAAAAAAAAACCUAUAUGAACAAGUUAUAGAGUAGAUGUCCGGCAGAUUACCCAUAUAAAAAAGGAAUCCUACAACCACCGCAGGAGAUGCUUGCCAGCUGAAGUUAUCGAGAAGUGAUCCUUGAGCCUGCUACAUCCUACUUGGAUGACAUAUAUAAAAAAAUUGAAGAGGAUGACUCGUUUGCCUUAGUAAAUAUACAAUUUUUGUUUCUUUAAAGGAAAACCCACAGAAGCUUUCCACAAUUUAGCCAGGCAAAUUCCUUUAAGGGGGAGUACGGUUUAAAGAUCAUUUUUAUACAUUUUUUGCAUUAUAACUGUAGUCGAUAAAGAAUUUUUUUUUGUUUAAACUUAAAAACAAAUUACUACGGUCAUUGGCGGAUUUUUAAAUAUUUCUUUAUGAAAAGUUAACAAAAUAUUUAACUCAAAUGCUUUACCAUAAUGAUUAUUGGUUGUUAGGAAUAGAUUUAAACUCUUUAAAAAAAAACACAAAUUGGUCUUUUUUACGACUUAACCCUACUCCUCUUUUAACUGAAAAAAUUUUCAUUUAAUCGGUAAAAAAAAAAAAUUAAAAGAUAUGAGCAAAUGAAACGGGAUAUUCUUAGGUUGUAUAAAAAUCUAUAUUCUCGUUAGAUUUUCUAAAUACUCAUAGAAAUUUUUAAAUUCGUUGCAAUAGGUAGAAAAUUCAUGAUAGGUAUAAAAUUCAUGAUAACUGCAAUAUAUAACACAUACGUCCUGAUGUUUUAAAGUUAUUCAUAAGAUAUUAAUUAAUGUUGUGUAUUUUAUUUUAUUUCGUUUUUGAUUGUUUUAUUUCAUUAAGUUUUAGUUCAAUAUCUUUUAUUGUAAUUUUUAUUUUUAUUCCCUUA